AUGGCUUCGAAUGACGUUCCCGACUUUUCAGGUUAUCUAAAUCCAUUCCGUAAGCAAUCGCUGAAAGGAAAGCAUUCCCCACCACCGUCACCGACGUCAUCAACGCAAUUGUCACCAUCAUGGUGCCUCUGGCUGGUUUCCGCCCUUCAAGGUCAUGAAAUCACCAGUGACGUAAGGCGUAAACUCGCCGACGAUAUCGAGCAGAUGAGCUACGUCGAGCAGGAGGAGCUCAUCGAAUUCCUUGAGACUGGAGUUGCUCCGUCUACACUUGAGAAUAACGCCUGCAAACAGUUCCUUUGCAACACUACUGAACUGUGCUCAGUAUUUGCUUCCAAGGAUCCUGAG